AUGCUCCCGCUUCACAAGCUGGAGAGCCAAGGGUUUCUCGUCCUUCACAGAGCCGUGAGCAUUGAAGCGGUCAAUGCGCUUCGAGUGAUCGCUCGCCGAACGCCACUACCAUGGGCAGAUGCGGAACGACUUCCAACACGGGCAAUCACAGUCAGUCCAGCGGUGGGCCGGCUGUACGCAGAAAUACCACCCGUCUUGGCGACGGUCCUGUCCACGAUGCUACAGCGCUACUAUCGGACGUUCUUUCCGAACGCUGUGGUAACCUGGUACUUCGUGAAGACGCGCGGCGGGACUCCGAAUCAACCGAUCCGUCGCAACUUUGCUUCAGCCGACCAUCCGAUGGAUGUCUCUUCAGUCCCGGGCUGCCUCAUCAUCGCAACAACGGACGACACACGUUUUGUCGGGUUUGGGUGGAACCACCAAGUCGCUUUCCAGUCCAAGAAAACAGAGAUCAAAUUGCAAAUGGGUGACAUGCUGUUCCUUCGAGGCGACUUAUCCACUCUCAAGCGGCGUGCAACCAUGUGUACACGCGUUCAUGAGUGUGCUACCAGCGGGUAA